CUUCCUCAUCUCUCUCUCUCUCUCUCCAUGUCAACUGCUACGGCCGCUCUCCUCCUCCUGCUAGCCGCAGUCCCUGCCGUUUUCGCCGUGACUUUCCAGGUCGGCGAUACUGCUGGUUGGAACAAUGGUGUCAAUUACACGACUUGGGUUAAUGGAAAGAUUUUCAGGGUCGGUGACACUCUAGAAUUCAAAUAUGGUCCUUCACACUCAGUGUCCGUCGUGGAUAAACCCGACUAUGAUAACUGUGACGGUAGCAGACCGACGCAGAGCUUCUCAGGCGGCAGAGAAACUAAAAUCCGUCUAAGAAGCGUGGGAACUAUGCACUUCCUUUGCCCUACUCCUGGUCACUGCCUCGGUGGCAUGAAACUCGCUGUUCCCAUACUCGCGGCCGCUUCACCAAUGCAUUCUCCUUCUCCGUCUCCAUCGCCGGGGAACGCAGAAAACGCAAGAAACACAGCGUCUAAAAGAGUCAUGAGCUAUGGAAAUAUUGUGGUGACGAUGGUGUUGAUGUACGGUGUGAUGAGAUAAUCACAGGGUAGAUGUUGGAGAGAGAGAUAUAGAACAUCAAUCAUAUCUUUUAUGUAUAUAUCUCUCCAUAGAGAUUGUUUCUCCUCUAAUAUAUAUAUACCCCCUGAUGUAAUCGGUUUCUAAGGAAAUAUAGAGAGCUUGCUCG